CCGAAUUGCUUUGAUUCCUGAAAAGCGAAAACCUUCUUGUCUCCUUCUCCAUCCUUCUCUUCCCAUUUUCCACUUCCAUUAACCUCCGUACAGAGAGUCUAGAGUCUAGAGAGAGAGAGAUAUCGGCGAUGGCGGAUUGGGGGCCGGUGUUCGUGGCCGUGGUUCUGUUCAUCCUCCUGACUCCGGGCCUUCUGGUUCAGAUUCCGGGGCACCACCGGUGCGUCGAGUUCGGGAACUUCCAGACUAGCGGAGUCUCCGUUCUGGUUCACUCCAUCAUCUACUUCGCUCUCAUGUGCAUCUUCUUGCUCGCCAUCGGAGUUCACGUCUACCUCGGUUAAUAACCCCUCUCGUUCAGAAGCAUGGGAUUCGAGGUUUUUUCGAAAUUGAGUUAUCUUAGGUAUAUUUCAUUGCAAAUUUGUAUUCAAUUUUCUUAAAUUUUAUAUAAUUUCAAAUUUUCAGGUUUGAAAUCCAUGUUCUAUAACAUAGUUCCUUUUUUUUAAAACAAAAAAAUAUUGAUCUUGAUGUUCCCUGUAACCUUUCUGGAUUGUGACAAUAAAUGUGUCAAUGUGAUUUGAUUC